GAUAGAAGGCUUUCCCCUAUAAAGCAUUGCAUGAUGUUGUUUCACAUAAUAUACAUGAUGAGAAAGAAAACUUGACUAUGGUCAAUAAUAAGAAAGAAGAUGCUGAUGGUGCUGCUAUUGAUAUGAAUCUUUAUGAGAUAUAUGCAUAGUGGAUUAUCUCCAAAAACACAAGGCAAAGGGUCAAUAAAAGGAAGAAAGCAAAAUUCUUCUUAUGUUCCACAAAUAAUGAGGUACUUAACAAGGAAUAACUCUAAGAAAUCUGUUAAAUAAUUGUUAAAUCUUUAUUUUGGAACAUAAGAUCAGUGAAUUCUCAACAAGCAUUUCAUAAAGUCCAAAUGUUAAAUAGGCAUAAUAAGUUCUUUUUGGUGGCUCUGAUGGUACCUUUUCAGCAUCAGAGACAGAUUCAGAAAUAUAGAAGGAGACUGGGAAUGCCUUAUGCUAAUUUCAACUGUAAUGGUAAAAUUUGGUUUUUUGUUCAACAUAAUGUAGAUGUUGAGGUUCUUUUGGAUACUGAACAAUCCAUUAUUGUAAAGCUGAAGUUUCAAGAAUUGAAUAGAGACAUGGUGGUUAUAAUGGUCUAUGCUAAAUGUUCAGAAGUGGAGAGAUUGCAAUUAUGGGAUAGUUUAUACUUCUUGGCUAGUAACAUGAUAUCUCCUUGGCUGAUUGGUGGAGAUUUCAAUGUUAUAUUGAAUGAAGAAGAAAAAAUAGGAGGUUGACUAGUAUUUCCACAAGAAUAUGAAGAUUUUGCCUUUUGUCUGAAUUCUUGUGAGUUGCAUGAGAUGUCUUUUAAAGGGAGUCCUCUCAGUUGGUGGAAUGGUAGGGCUGCUAAUGACUGCAUUUUCAAGAGGUUGGAUAGGAUUGUGCAUAAUGAUUCAUUCCAGAAUUGGUUUGGACAUCUUGAAGUGGGGCAUUUGUCAAGGACUGGUUCUGAUCAUGCACCAUUACUUUUAUCUUGUGGAGAUCAAGUGGAGAAUUUUAUCAAACCAUUCCAAUUUAUUAAAUUCUGGGUGGAGCAUGAUACUUUUCUUGAUUUUAUUAAGCAGCAAUGGGAAGCAGACUUAUCUGAUGAUGUUUUUCUUUCCUUUAAGCUCAAAAGGAAGAAACUGAAAGUUGCUUUACGUAAAUGGAAUAAGGUUACUUUUGGUGAUAUAUUUAUGCAACUAGUGAUCAGAGAAGAUAUAGUGAAGAUUAAAGAGCAGUUGUUUGAGGAGAACCCUUCUGAAGAAAAUAGAAUGGUGAUGCAAAAAGCUCAAGCUGAACUUAAACUGUAUCUUCACUAUGAGGAAGAAUUCUGGAGGCAAAAGCGGGAUGGAUCAAUUUCUCCGCGGUGAUAAAAAUACAAGAUUUUUCCAUAGUCUGGUAAAAGGAAGAAGGAAAAGAAUCCAGAUCAAGAGGAUUCAAGAUGCUGAUGGAACUUGGUUAGAGGAUGCUGAUAGAGUUACUGGUGAAGCUGUUAACUUUUUUCAUAAGCAAUUUACUCAUGAGGAGGUUAGUGAAGAUUCUCAAUUCUUAAUCAUAUUCUCGAACCGAUUAGAGAGGAGGAUAAUAUGUUACUUGUUGAACAACCUACUACAAAGGAAGUACUGAAUGCGUUGUUUGAAUUAAAUGGAGAUAGUACUUGUGGCCCUGAUGGCUUUUCUGGGAUCUUUUAUGAGAAGUGUUGGGAUCAAGGCUGAUGUAUUUAGUGUUGUUAAAGCUUUCUUUGAUGGUCAGACUCUUCCCAAGGCAAUCACUCACACUAAUCUAGUAUUGCUACCAAAGAAGAAUGUUGUUGAGUCUUUCUCUGAUAUGAGUCUUUCUCUGAUAUGAGACCUAUAAGUCUUAGCAACUUUAUUAAUAAGGUCAUAGCUAGAAUCGUUCAUGAUAGAUUGGACAGAUUACUUACAAGGGUGAUAUCUCCAAAUCAAUCAGGUUUUGUCAAGGGCAGGAAUAUUAUUGAAAAUGUAUUAUUGACACAAGAGAUUGUAACUGACAUAAGGAAGAGAGGAAAACUAGCAAAUGUAGUGAUUAAGUUGGAUAUGACAAAAGCAUAUGACAGGGUCUCAUGGUUAUAUCUCUGCAAGGUGAUAAAGAAGAUAGGAUUUUCUGGAAAUUUCAUUGAUCUUAUAUGGAGACUGUUGGCAAAUAAUUGGUACUCUGUGCUUUUAAAUGGUCAGGCACAUUGUUUCUUUCACUCUACCAGAGGUGUCAAGCAGGGUGAUCCACUCUCUCCUGCUCUUUUCAUCAUAGUCACUUGAAGUUCUUUCAAGAGACUUAAACUCUUUGUUUGAUCAGCCUGGUUUUGUUGGUUAUGGGAUGCCAAAGCGGAGUGCUGAGUUGAAUCAUCUGGCAUAUGCAGAUGAUACAAUCAUCUUUUUAGCUGCAGACAACUACUCUUUACAGAUAAUCAUGGAUACUCUUCAAGAAUAUGAAAAGAUAUUUGGACAGCUGAUAAACAAGAGGAAAAGUUCUUUUUAUAUGUUCAGUAAAGUUUGAAAUGAGCUGAGUCAACAAGUUGAAGCAGUAACAGGAUUUGUGAGAGGGCAAUUUCCUUUUACAUAUCUUAGAGUACCAAUUAAUCAUGCCAGGAAAAGGAAAGUGGACUAUACUGAAUUAUUGAAGAAAGUCAAAGACAAGUUGCAAACUUGGAAAGGAAAGUUUCUGUCUUAUGGUGGAAAAGCAAUUUUGAUCACAAGUGUUCUUCAAAUUAUUCCAAUUCAUGUUCUAUCAGCUAUAAGGCCUCCUAAAUGUGUUAUAAAAGAACUACACAAGAUCUUUGCAAAGUUCUUUUGGAAUAAUAAGGAGGAAGGAAGAAGCAGACACUGGUCAUCUUGGCUUAACAUGUGCUUUCCCAAAAAUGAAAGAGGAUUGGAAUUCAGGUCUAUUUAUGACAUGUCCAAAGCCUUAUGUGCUAAACUUUGGUGGAAGGUCAGAACCACUAGUUCACUUUGGGCUAAUUUCAUAUGGAACAAAUACUGUAAGAAGCAAAUUCCUCAGGUGGUUCAAUGGAAAGGAGGCUCACAAGUUUGGAAGAUGAUGUUGGAAGCAAGGGAAAGUAUUGAGCAGGAAAUCUAGUGGGAGCCAAAGAUUGGAAGUUCAAACAUCUAGGUUGAUAAUUGGACUAAGUUAGGUGCUCUCAACUAUGUGGUUCCCCAGACCUGGCAUAUCAAUGAUCAUACUGAAGAUGUUUCUGAGCUUAUUUCAAAUGGAAGAUGGGAUAUUAACAAACUCAUACAGCUGUUUCCUAAAGAUAAAGUGCAGCAUAUAACACAGGAAAUAGAUAUUAAAUAUGCAUCAAAUGAAUGGGACAGAUCUUAGUGGAUGAUGACAAGUACAGGAAGGUUUACAGUAAGUAGUGCAUCGGAGCUGUAAAGACAAAAAGCUAAUGUAACAGUGCCAUUUCAGAAUAUGUGGAUUAAAGGUGUGCCUUUUAAAAUUUCAUUCUUCUUGUGGAGAUUGUGGAAGUUUAAAGUGUCAAUUGAUGAAAUGGUGGCAAGGAUUGGCAUUCCUAUAGUUUCAAAGUGUUGUUCUUUGCUAUCUUUGCUCAAAAUGAGACUAUUAACCAUCUGUUUUUGUGUGGAGAUUUUGCUACCAAAGUAUAGAGAGUCUUUAAUGCAGGGGCUGGAUUGAGCAUGAAUUGUAUUCAGGUGAAACAUGCUAUUAGAAAUUGGUGGGAAGCAAAAUGCCAUUACAAAUUGAAGAUGAUAUACAAAGCAGUUCCUGCUUUCAUUGUAUCGCAAAUAUGGAAGUGGAGAAACAAUAAGCUACAUGAUGGUAAUAUGAAUCUGAAUAGAGUGAUAUAUGAAAUAAAUAUGAACAUUUACAUGUUAUGUAAAGUUCAGUUUCCUGGGCUGAAUAUUCCAUCUAGAUGGCAUCAGAUUACUCCGUUUUUUGAAGGGUAUAAGCCAACUAUUAGCUGCAGAGUUAUUAAAUGGAUGAGACCUGCGUCUGGAGUCUACAAGUGUAAUACUGAUGGAGCUGCUAAUGGAAAUCCAGGACCAAGUUCUGUUGCAUUUUGCAUUAGAAAUGAAAAUGGUGAUUUGGUGUAUGCAGCUGCUAAAACUCUAGUUGAUAGCUCAAAUAUAGUUGCUGAGGCUGAGGCUAUUAGAAUGGGAUUGAUGUAUUGUGUGGAUAAGCAACUCUUUCCAUUGACUAUAGAGACUGAUUCCAUGACCAUAAAGAUGAUUAUCAAUGCUGAAUGGAAGAUCCCUUGGAGCAUUUCAAUGUUGGUGGAUGAUAUCAAAAGGUACAGUUCAGUUUCAUAAGUUUCAAGAGCUACCAAGUCAAGCUAAGAAGAUUCUGAAUUUGGAAAAAAUAGGAAUUCCUAACUUGAGAGUAAGAACUAUACAAGACAAAGCACCAGAUUGAAGUCCACGAUUCCAGAAGUAUAAGCCAUUGCUAAGUACAAAAUUUCAACAGAAUAUGAGCUAUUGCAGCAUAUGUAUUAGGGUGGUAUUAGUGUGCUUUUCAUGCUCAUUCCUUAAUAUAAAUGUUGUGAUGUUCAUGAUAUACGUAGCAGAAUGUACUGGUUAUGGAUCAAGCAAGAUAGUGGCUUGGUUUUCAUGCAAAAGGUGAUAUAUACAGCAAUAUACAACUACUUUCAAGCUUGCCUGAAGAAUGAUUCAUAUGACUUGAUACUUUCCACCUGUGAGACUUUGAAGGUGUGAUAGAAGUUAUCAAGCCAAGGCUCUUGGAUUCUAGUUGGUGAAAAUCUGUUGAUGUCUACUUCUGCUGGCCAUAUUCCACUAGAUUUUCCUUUGUUUUCUGUUAUUUUCUUUAUUUGGAUCAAUCUUGUUGGAUUGAUCCUUAUUUUCUGUUCUUUGUUUUUAGCUAGAUCAAUCUCCUCUGGAUUGAUGUGUACAUAUUUUCUUUAUCAAUAAAAUUCCACCUUAAUGGUGGCCUUUACUCAAAAAAAAAAAAUUGUAAAUAGCAAA